CGCCGCGUCGCCCCACAGUCCGCUCCGUGCUGCCGUCGCGCACGCACGCGCAUGUCGCUCGCUGUCGUCCCCGGUGAUGUGAGGUGGCCCCCGCCGCUGCCGCAGCGCCGCGCGAUCUACGCGCUAUUUUCGCGAACGAGUACGCCAGUUGAAGGCUCGAGAGCCUUCGAGCCGGCAAGACGCCGUCCACCGUGGAUUUGAGGUACGGCGCCAUGGCGGCGACCACGUACAUGCCCGCCGAGAUGGACCUCGGAAACCUCGGCGGGUACCACGCUGCGUCGCCGCGGAGCGCCGAGCCCGCGGAUAUGAAGUAUCAGCACCACCUGCAAGCUGGAGGAUCGCCGUCGCCGGGAGCGCCGGUGCUCGGCAAUCCGUGGGCAUCGCUGCCGCCGGCCGACCCUUGGGCCAUGCACCAGCACCACUCUCACGCGCACCAGCCCGACGUCAAACCGCCUCCGGCGCCGCACGAGCACCGCCACCUGCAGCACAGCGCGCACGGAUGGCACGCGCCUGUCGUCAGCCCGCACUAUGGUGCCGGCUCCCCUGUCGCCCUGCACGGCGGCUACCCGGUGCCUAUGCACCAGCAUCACAUGCUGCGAGAUGUGCAACCUUCCCCGCACCCGCUCCACCACCACCAUGCGUUGGAACGCGACCAACCGGAGGAAGAUACGCCGACGAGUGACGAUCUCGAGGCCUUCGCCAAACAGUUCAAGCAACGCAGAAUUAAACUAGGCUUCACGCAGGCCGACGUCGGCCUUGCGUUAGGAACCCUGUAUGGAAACGUUUUUUCCCAGACGACGAUUUGUCGAUUUGAGGCGUUGCAACUUAGCUUCAAAAAUAUGUGCAAACUCAAACCAUUGCUCCAAAAGUGGCUCGAGGAAGCAGACUCGACAACGGGCAGUCCGACGAGCAUCGAUAAAAUAGCCGCCCAGGGGCGGAAGAGAAAGAAGCGCACGUCGAUAGAGGUAUCAGUGAAAGGCGCACUGGAGCAGCAUUUCCACAAACAGCCGAAACCGUCGGCGCAGGAGAUCACGUCGCUAGCAGACAGCCUGCAACUGGAGAAGGAAGUCGUCCGCGUCUGGUUCUGCAACCGGCGGCAGAAGGAGAAGCGGAUGACCCCGCCAAACACGCUCGGCGGCGAGAUGAUGGAGGGCAUGGGGCACGCGCACUACGGGCACGGCGACGUGCACGGCUCGCCGCUGCAGCACUCGCACUCGCCGCCAGGGCUGUCGCCGCAGCACGCGCUGCCGCAGGGCGCGCACACGCUGGCCGCGCACUAACAGUUCGCCCCGUGGGCGCCGCCGCGGCCCUACUAUGCGGAGCCGCACUAGCGCGCCCGCCCGCGGGAUACCUCUGUACAUAGAUAGCGUGUACAUACGCGCCGCGCGCCGGGACGUGCCCGCGGCGCACAGUGACGGACGGGCCGACGCGGCUGUAAAUAAUUCGUGCGUGCGGCCCCGUCCCAUGGACCUCCCGAACGCUAAGUUUAAGUUGUUCUUUAUAAUUUCAGUGAAGUCAUUGAUUAAUUAUGUGAGUAAUGUUAAGAUCGAAGCCAGUAAUCGUUUAUACUUUAUCGAAACGCCGAGGUUCACAGUGAGCACCGAUAAUGUUUAGCUAGAUAGUCUAAUUGAUAAAUAAGAGCUUAAUCGGAGGAAGAGCCCGGCGUCGCUCACGCACCCUUGCCGCGCGGCCGUCAGCUCGUCGUGUGGUAAGUACGGCGACAUUACACAGUGAGUCGAUCCUUGUACCGCGGUACAGCCACCAGUGCCUCCUAGAGUUACGAUCGCUUGUCGACAGUACGGGCCGGCCGCGACCGGCGAGGAGUGCGAAGCGCUAUUCAUUUUUGUAAAGGACUAUUUCAUCGAAUUUAUUUAUAGAUAUUAUACAUUAACGAUGUUCAUACAUGCCUACCUGUCAGUAGGGAGUCAUUGUGGUGUGGAUUAAAUUUAAAUUGUUGCUAUUACUGUAAAUUUAUGAUUAGUGGCGAGAUGGCGAGAGUAAAAAAUAUGAAUCGGGUCGAUGCUUCGUCUUGUAAGGGAAUACGAGUGAGUCAAUAGGUGCAAUUUUUAUUUUAAGUGUUUAACAAAAACGAGUGUGAACGCGGGCCGCUCUCGGUGAUACAUCCACUAUCGAGCAUGUAUCACAGCGAGUGGUGAACGGCGAGCGGCGAGCGUGCGGUGUGGGCAGCCGCUGCUCGUGUCGAGGCUCGAACGAUUGCUCGCCGCUCGCCGCUCGCCGUCCGCCGCCCGCCGCGCGCCCGGACCUCCCGGCACACUCGGCACAGACCUAGGUCCCACACAUAAUAAUUUAUUAAAAAAAAUAUUAUUGAAAAGAUGCAGACACGAUGCCAAAAUGGUUUUAUUCCUGUUUUUUACUUGUUUUGUUGUUUUUUUCGUUUGUAUGUAUUUGUGGCCAACCUUGGUACUUAAUACUUGUAAAAAUAGGUAUUUUUUCUAUAUAAAAUAAUGUACCUACAACGUAUAUGAUGAUAUAUAUUAAAAAAGUUCUUUAUAGAAAUUGAAAUAUGGAAA